CUGUUAUUGCUUUAUCUUGCCUAGCUCAGUGAUCUGAUCUGUAUGAACAGUAUGCAAAACAAACUUUUCAGUGGAUUCCGGCACCGUCCGGCCCGCGAUCUCCUCGGCCGGGGGGCUUCCACAGACCGAAUCCGGCUUGUGAUCUGCCCUGGAUCAGCCCCACGCUGACUGCGGUUUGGCAGCUUCAACGCUCCGCGCUCUGUUCGCGUGUCGCGGCCUCUCCGCGGGGUCUAGCGGGUGUCGGAUCAAGUUCGAGUUCAGGUCAGAGUGAGAGAGAGGGAGGGAGCGCCAGUGUUCGGUUGGGAAAGUGCUGUGGGGGUGGGUGAUUGAAGAUAAUGGGGGUCUCGAAGCAGCAAGUUGAAGAUCAUCCUUCCCCUCCCUCCCUCCGCCCUGAAGUGGAACUGCUCGCGUCUUGCCGGUGGACCAAGCCAGGCAUAGGAGGGCGGAUCUCAGACAGAGGGGAAAUGCUGUGGAGGCGGUAUUCGCAGAUCCUCAAAUUGCGAAGGCAGGGAAGUUACUCGCUUAUUCGCACGGGACCAUCUGCGGCAGAGAUGAAGCUCUCGUAUGUCACGUUGCUCGUCCUGCUGGCCGUCGGAAGCGUUAACCCGUUGAAAUGUUACACGUGCAAAACGGAGAGAUGCAAAGCGGGCGAGGUCAAGGAGUGUAAACCUGGGGAGAUAUGUACAAUCAAAGAGAACAGACAGAGAAACGGAACUUCGACCGAGGCUACUAGCAUCUUCAACAGAGGAUGUAAGCCAGCCUGCACCAACAUCAGCGUCGACCUGGGAUACAUUUCUGUCAACAUCAACUGCUGUAGCAGUGACUUCUGUAACCAGGAGAUAGGUCCAGCCCGGACGGUGACACUGCGAGGCUGUGUCUCUUCCUCCGCUUGCUCCCCGGAUCGAGUUCCCGCCCUAAUCGAAGUGCCAGGGAAUAUCAGCUGCUGCGAUCACAACCUCUGCAACGGGAGUGGGCCUACUGGCACCCUGACCCCUCUCCACCCCACCCUCCUCCUCCUCCUCUUCCUCCUCCUAGGCCUCAUCAGCUUGUGAGGGCUCAUGCAGUUUUGCCACCUCCUCGUACCCCGCACCCUCAGCACAGAAUAUCUCACCUUAUUUAUUAAACUUUGUGCCGUCUCAGAUUUUGUAUUUCUGAC